AAUUCGACUCGUCGAACACAGAACAAAUUAAAUCGACGGAAACUAUAUUUCUGUCUAUAAUCUAAAAUCAAAAUCACUAUGUUCCCAAAAUAUACAUCUAUUUUCGAACGACAUGGCACAUACGUGUUCGUUUAAUAAAUAUUUACCAUAUCCUGGAAUACACGAAUAGAAACAAGCUUAUAAGUGUCUCUCAUAAAACCAAAGAACAUAAUAUUGAAAAAUUGCGUAAAAUACAGAACGAUAGAACAGUCGCCAAUGGUUUCGGAAUGCCAGAUAUUUGCAUGCGUACUGGCAUUAAUCAGAUGAAGCUGAAUAAAUACACACAGGAAGCGCGAAACUUCGUUUUAGAAGCACGGAAUAAAUCCUUCUGUAAAAUUUCAUUCCGCCAAAUGUCAUAUACAGUUUUGUUCUAGAGCCAAUUCGUGUAUUCCUCGUCACUUCAGAAUGAAAUCUAUCGUAGGAACGAGAAUUGAACAAACUCCGCAAUUGUUUUGGAACAACUGUCAGAAAGGAUCGACUCGAAAUCGAGGCUCGAACUUCACGCUUUCUUCGCCCUACUUCAAAAAAAAAAAAAAAAUACGAUGGAUAACACAUAGCCUAGACAAAAACUCACAAAAAUUGAUUUCGAUCGCAACUGAAAUUUGUCAAAAUUUUCCGUGGUUAUUUACAAUAUAAAAUUUACAAGUAUGUUCGGACAACAGAUUCCUUUGGAAACGAUCAAUGACCAACGCGAGCAAAGGAAUCGCAACGAGUGUCUUCGACAACUUUUAGCGUGUCAAGCAUAUGGAAUACCAUUUACCGGAGUGGCAAACAUCCCUUCCUUAAGGGAUGAUGGAUUGACGCUCGAUUUAAAUUUCAUCCUAUUUAAUGACACUGGUUACAUUCAACCGAAUGAUGUUUUUUUCAGAACGCGACAAACGUUAGUAAAAACAAACUUGUUUUCUGAGAACCUAUUCUUACUUUUCAUUUAUCGAAGUCAAGUGUAAUUGUAAUAAUUAUAGGAAUGCAUCCAACCAAUAUUUAUUGGAAUAUAUAAGACAGAUGGAGGAAAGAUACGCAGUAAUGGAGAGAGAGUUGACGAGAACCAAAAUGUUGAUUCCUGGAACGACGCGCAAUGCGAUCUCUGUACAUCGAACAUCGCAAACGGACGUAAAGUGGAAGGAAUGCUCUCUGGCGAAGAGGUGCGGACACCCGUACGGAACUCCGUCGGGAAAUCAAGGAAAAAAUGUUAAAGCACGUGAGAUUCGAGAUCAAGAGAGAAUUAAUGUUUCAUCGAGAAGAAAGCAUUAUAAUGAAAGAAAAAAUGGAGAUUCAACCAGUAGGAUCUUAGAUGAUAUAGAUUGGACUAUGAGACGAAAUUCUUCCAGGAAUUUCCGAGGCGAUAUUUAUUCUAUAAAGGAUCCUAUCAAUCACCUGUGUCGGCCCAGAACAUUGAACAAUAAUUCAACCGCGGUAUGUUCAACGCACAACGUUGCUGUAAUUCUUCCACAGGAUUCAACGCACUCAACCAUCAACGUCUCGAGAUGCGAUCGAAACAUUUUUAAAGUAACGCAUAUCGUAUUCGAUAAAAUCUCGAACAAUCCUAGACAGCAUCGAAUUCACUUACAGAUAAACAAUGAUAUCCAGAAAAACGCAGACAAGUGCGAUGCCGCUAAAAUUUUUGAGAAUUCGAAGAAAUCUUUGACUCCCUUCAAGACUCGACAACCGUUGACUCCGUCAGACAAGACGUUGAUGGAAGCAUGCCAAAGGUUCGACAAGAAACACGAAUCGGAAACGUCGUAUUUUAUUGACUUCGAUGUCAAACACAAAGAUCAUACGCAGGCCAGUCCCACGGUAAACACGCCCAAGUUUCAACCAAUAAUGGGAUCAGAGUUUGGUAGCCAUGUUUCCCAGCGAAAGUUCGAAACCGACCCAAACAACGAUCUGCUGGAGAAAUGUGCGUCUAAAAAGCUACAAUAUUUUAAAAAUACGGAUACGCACCGUAAACAUAAUUCGCAGGUUAAUCAGACGUUCCAACGCAACCGUGGCCAUUGGAGCAAUCACUUAAAGACGUUGCCCUACGAAAGAACACGUCCUGUGAACGAUCAGUCGAGAAAUUUUACGAGAAACUCACGAAUACAGAAUAGAAUUCCUACUCCGCGAAGCAACGUUCACACUGCUUCUACACCCAUGGUCCAACCUUUUGCCUCGCAUCCCGCGUUAGAUCCCAAUGGAUUAACCAUUCAAUUGCUGAGGCUGGCAGUGCUACUUUACGCUCCAGCGUUGAUGCCUGCUCUGAAUUUGUUGAUUGCUCGGCAAAAUGGACUCACGUCGAUCCCGAUACCCUGUUCCGAAGGUUCGAACGAUCUUUUAACGCAAGUUUUUCGAAUUCUGAACAGCCAACAACGCGUCCCGAAUUUACCUUAUACGGCCCCUUCUCGAGUCGACGAGUGUUCGCAAUCUGGCAUGGAGUCAAAUUCACAGAACCGUUGCGAGAACUUUUCGAGACAGUCUAACGCUGACUCCAGCACGGAGAGUCCUACGAACAAUCGAGACGAACGUAUUUCGAUUGCUGUAAAUACAUCUUCGGAAUCGUGUACUUGCAACAAUCUAAAACAUUCGUCCGUGCAAUGUAGCAAAAGCUCUUUGCGCGAACGGAUAGAAGAAAAUCAGGAAAGGAUAUUUGCAUGAUUACAUUUGGACAUUUUAAUGAUACGCAAAGAGUAUUUUCGCUGCAGAUUUCCUUGAAAUAUUGAAGAAAUAAUCG